AUGCGCGAGAUCUUCGCAAGCGCAAUGUCGCUUGCCUCGUGGAAAACACUUGCCUUGCUCCUGGCAGUCUUCAAUCUAAAGAGUCUUCCACUUACAUGGCAUUUCCGCAUACUGUACCACUUCUUGGCAAAUUUACGAUUGAAACCCAAUGCACCCUUGUUCCCCAGUGGGAAAGCGAUUGUGGACGCCCAAGGCAGACCGACGCACCCAGUGUUCGUGCCAUGCAUGGUGACAUCUCGUACGCCAUUGCUGGAAACUGAUUACAAUCUGCACAAGUCGAACAGUACGUAUUUCACAGACUUGGACGUCUCGCGUACAGCACUCGUCAGCCGCCUCUACAGCCCUGGCGUGGGCAUGGUGAGCAAGGAGCUAGACCAGGAAUUCCUCGCCGCGAGCAAGAAAGAGGGCAAGCCUGCACCAAGACGCAAACCUGUGUCUAUUGUACUUGGAUCGGUCUACUGCACAUUCAAGCGCGAAAUCAAACCCUUCGAAUUGUACGAAAUGCAUUCCAAGGUUAUCUCUUGGGAUAAGAAGUGGAUGUACAUUUUGACCUGCUUCAUGCGACCUGCCCGCUGCGGAGGCGAAAAGACGGUGCUUGCCGUGGCUGUGAGCAAGUACGUGGUGAAGAAGGGUCGUUUGACCGUCCCGCCAGAGCGGAUUCUGCGCACUAGUGGAUUCCUCCCCGCGCCACCCGAGAACAAGGCACAGGCCGCUCUGAUCGACUCCGCCGAAGCUUCUGGCGUUGACACACCUGGUGCCGGGGAUGGUAUCACAGCCACAGGUGGGGUUGAUGGAUCGUUGGUUCGGGAAGUGUUGAAAAUGAACGCCGACCAGAUCCCCGCGCAAGAGACUCUGGAAAAACAGCAGAAAGAUAACAACGACACGUGGAGCUCGGAGGAAUGGACCUGGGAGCGCGUCGACCAGGAAAGGCUGCGGGGUUUAAGGGUUGUGGAAGGAUAUACAGAUCUGGACACCAAGUUGUCCGACGAAUGGGCGCAAUAG